AUGCUGCCCCCGCCCCUGCCAUCAUCACCCACCCCGACCCGCCCGCCUCCAGCUAGCCGCAAGACUUUGUUCCUGAGGGAGGGACAGCCCAUCAGGGCUGCCGCAGCAGAGGGCAACGCGACCGGGGAGCUGUCGCCGGGGCUGUGCUCCCCCGUGCCGCUGCCCUCGGGUCCAGCUGGGCCCCCCUGGGCCCCCGGGCCCCGGGCCCCCGGCCCAAGCCCGCAGCCAUUGCGGUGUGGGAGGCGGGAGCCUGGGAGCCCCCGGCCGGAGGCCGGUCGCGCCCUCGGCGGUGUACCGUCCCCCAGGCUGGCAGGCACUGGGGGACUGACGGCGCCCGGGACCGAGAAAUGCGUCGACCGGAUCCAGGCUCUGGGCCAACACAGCGAGGCCGGCUCGGUGGGAACCAGCUCCGCGGGGUCUGUCUGCGCAGGCGCCCUGGCCGUCCCCGACAGCCUUGCGCGCCGAGGGGCCGGGCUUCGCGAGGCCUGCCAGGGGUCUCAGCGGUCCGCCGACAGUGGGCGCAGCGUAGCGGUGGGCUCUGUGGAGGCCGGUGCGGCGGCCAUGAGGGCCCCGGACGACCAAGCGGCCUCUCCGGCCCCGGACGACGGCGCGGAGGAAGUGGCGGUCACGCAGGCCCCUGACGAUGACGGCGCGGACGGCGCGGCGGUCACGCGGGCUCCCGAGGGUGGCGCGGAGGACGCGGGGGCAGGCCCACAGGCCUCCGACGGAGGCACGGACGGCCACGACCCCCAGCUUAGCCCCCGAGGUCCCGGUUGCCAGGGCAACUGCAGCCGCCACGAUGGCGAGGGUGGCCCUGGCAGCAAGGGAGCAGUGGUCGAGGGGGCCUGCGCCCCUCCCCUGGCCGAACGGGCCCCGAGGGCCCUGGCCCCCGGUGGAGACGCAGCGCCGGCCGAGGUGACCUCCUCAAGACUGCUGGAGUUCAGGCUCACCGUGUCUUUCCGGUCGCCCCUGGAGGCAGAGAUGGCCCGCAGGUCCCUGACUACACACGUCCAACGCCACCGAGGGUUGGCUCAGAAGGAGCUUUGCGUGAGGGGCAGCGCCCUGGCCGUGAGAUGGACUACUGAAGACCCCAUCUUCUUGCGAGUUUCCGUCAACUCCUUCCUGGACCGGCUUCCCCUGGUGAUACGAAACAUUCGCGCCUUGGGGUCCCGGCCUCCGCCACGCCUAGGCCCGGGAAAGGGGGCCGAGGCCUAACCUGGUAGCCCUCACGGGGCAAGGCACAGGGCGUUGACCCUUGGCGUCCUCGCCACUUUAUUAUCGCGGGUCUAACGUUCUGCAGGUCCGGGCCUCGGUGGCUCUUGGCCCACUUCAGUUCCUUCCCUGCGCCCGGAGGGGCGGGCGCUUACGUGUUUGUUACUGCACAACAUGAAACUGAGCUACUC